AUGAGCGAUUCGAAGCCUUUUCAGGAACAGGAUGCGUCUGUGGUUUUGAAUUCGGAAAACGAAGGGACCCUAGAAUUUUCCGGUGCUGAAACGAUGAGGGUGGAUGAUGGGUCGGUUUCAAUGGUGAAGAAGUUUUUCGAGCGUCAUUUUCCGAGGGUGCUGGGCGACUAUGGUGGUUUAGUCGGUCUGUGUGAAAAGACCGGUCUCGGCCCUCCGCCGUGCUUUAUGCGCCUCCCGGCGGAGCUUCAACGUAAAAUUUUGGAAUCUCUUCACGGUGUGGACCUCGCAAAGGUGGGAUGCGUGUGUUCCGAAUUGAGGGAUUUGUCUUCAGAUAAUGAGUUGUGGAAACAAAAAUUUAUCGAGGAGUUUGGAGGAGGAGCAGCAGCAGCAUCAGAAAUUGUUGAAUGGAAGGCUAAGUUUGCUUCGUUUUGGAAGAAUUCGAUGUGGAAUAAUUCGUUUUGGAAGGCUUUGGAAUUGUUUCAAGGGGAUGAUGAUUUUAACGCCAUGUUGAUUGGAAUGAUUUUAAUAGAUGGACUGAUUUGA